CUCCCCUCAUUUCUCUCCCAACUCUUUCAAGGUGCUCUCUCUACUCUUUCAUUUUCUCUACCUACAUUCUCACCCACCACCAAACACAGCACCACAAGCAAAAAAGAAAAGAAGAUAAAAAUAAAGCUGAAGCUCUGUUUUUCUCUUCAAAAUUUCAUUCAAUUGCCUUUGAAAAUUGUCGAUACUUGCUCACCAGGAACCAAUCGUUUUUAUCAGCCAUGCAACCAUCAUCAUCAUCGGCAGGUUCCAUCAUGAAGGUAUCGCCUUUUGAUCUGAUAUCAGCCGUUAUUAAAGGCAACUUAGACCCGUCUAAUGUAUCAUCAGAAUCAAGCGCUGUUGAGGUGGCCACUAUGUUAUAUGAGAACCGUGAGUUUGUUAUGAUUUUAACUACUUCCAUCGCGGUUUUGAUCGGGUGUGUUGUGGUGUUGGUGUGGAGAAGAUCCGGCAGUCAGAAAUCUAAGUCGGUUGCUAUUGAACCUCUUAAACCGUUGGUUGUUAAAGAGCCUGAGCCUGAACCUGACGAUGGCCAGAAACGUGUCACCAUUUUUUUUGGUACUCAGACCGGUACAGCUGAAGGAUUCGCUAAGGCUUUGUCUGAAGAGGCAAAAGCUCGAUAUGAAAAGGCAACUUUUAAAGUUGUUGAUUUGGAUGAUUAUGCAGCUGACGACGAUGAAUACGAGACGAAAUUAAAGAAAGAAUCUUUGGCUUUGUUUUUUGUUGCUACAUAUGGAGAUGGUGAGCCAACAGAUAAUGCCGCCAGAUUCUAUAAAUGGUUUACUGAGGGAAAAGAGAGAGGGGAAUGGCUUCAGGACCUUAAGUUUGGAGUGUUUGGCCUUGGCAACAAGCAAUAUGAGCAUUUUAAUAAGAUUGCUAAGGUGUUGGAUGAACUCCUUGAAGAGCAGGGUGCAAAGCGUCUUGUCCCAGUGGGUCUUGGGGAUGAUGAUCAAUGCAUUGAAGAUGACUUCACUGCUUGGAAAGAAUCACUCUGGCCCGAGUUAGAUCAGGUCCUUCGGGGUGAGGAUGAUGCAGCAACUGUUUCUACCCCAUAUACAGCUGCUGUUUUGGAAUAUCGUAUUGUAUUCUAUGAUCCUGAAGAUGCACCUAUAGAGGACAAAAGGUGGAGUAAUACAAAUGGGCAUGCUGUUUAUGAUGCACAGCAUCCAUGCAGGGCAAAUGUUGCUGUGAGAAAGGAGCUUCACACACCUGCAUCUGACCGUUCCUGCACCCAUUUGGAGUUUGACAUAGCUGGCACUGGACUUUCGUAUGAAACUGGGGAUCAUGUAGGUGUAUACUGUGAGAAUCUUGAUGAAACUGUAGAGGAGGCAUUGCAGUUAUUGGGUUUGUCACCGGAUACUUAUUUCUCUAUCCAUGCUGACAAAGAGGAUGGUACAGCACUUAGUGGAAGCUCCUUGCCUGCUCCUUUCCCACCAUGCACCCUAAGAACAGCUCUCACUAGAUAUGCUGAUCUGUUGAGUUCACCAAAAAAGUCUGCUUUACUUGCUUUAGCAGCUCAUGCUACUGAUCCAACUGAAGCUGAUAGACUAAGGCAUCUUGCUUCACCUGCUGGAAAGGAUGAAUAUACACAAUGGAUAGUUGCUGCUCAAAGAAGCCUCCUUGAGGUCAUGGCUGAAUUUCCAUCAGCCAAGCCUCCACUUGGUGUCUUCUUUGCUUCAGUGGCUCCUCGUUUGCAACCCAGAUUCUAUUCUAUUUCAUCAUCCCCAAGGAUGGCUCCAUCUAGAAUUCAUGUUACUUGUGCACUGGUUCUUGACAAAACACCAACAGGACGGGUACACAAAGGAGUAUGCUCAACAUGGAUGAAGAAUUCUGUUCCUAUGGAGAAAAGCCACGAAUGCAGUUGGGCACCCAUUUUUGUUAGGCAGUCAAACUUUAAGCUUCCUGCAGACACCAAAGUGCCUAUCAUUAUGAUUGGCCCUGGGACUGGUUUGGCUCCUUUCAGGGGUUUCUUGCAGGAAAGACUAGCUCUGAAAGAAGCUGGUGUGGAAUUGGGACCCUCCGUAUUAUUUUUCGGUUGCAGGAAUAGUAAGAUGGAUUACAUCUAUGAGGAUGAACUCAACAACUAUGUCGAAAGCGAUGCACUUUCUGAACUGAUUGUUGCCUUCUCCCGAGAGGGACCUACCAAGCAAUAUGUACAACAUAAAAUGUCGGAGAAGGCUUUAGAUAUAUGGAACAUGAUUUCUCAGGGAGGAUAUAUAUAUGUCUGUGGUGAUGCCAAAGGCAUGGCCAGGGACGUCCACAGAACACUUCACACUAUUGUCCAAGAGCAGGGAUCUCUAGACAGUUCCAAGGCUGAGAGCAUGGUGAAGAAUCUCCAAAUGAGUGGCAGGUAUCUUCGCGAUGUAUGGUGAUGAACCGUCCACCAAUUCUCCAUGCGUCUGCCCGCCCGCCACAGUAGUCUCGACUUGGGUGGGGUGAAUGCGGAUAAAGCAGUACUGAAACAUGGUCCAUUAAAAUAUAUAUAGAACAUACUGAAGCCCUGCUGGGAUGAAAUGACUAAAUUUGGAAGGUCAGCCUUCUUCAUGAGAGAGCCUUGGAAGAUAUAUUAUCUAUACAGCACUUGUGAUUCUUUAAUUUUAUGUAUACAGAGUAUUAAUACUUAUGAGUAGGCUUAGUGUAUCAGCUCUAAUUUUUCCUUGUAUGAACCAAAAAUGGUUCAGAUUACGGACAUAAAUAUGUUCCUUUUUGUUCUGUUCUUUUCGAAUAUGUUAUUGUUUGGCUGAGUAAUGAAUUCCAAGUUUGGUUUUGGAGAUAA